AGAGCGAGAGAAGCCCCUCUCUCUCUCUCUCUCUCUCUCUCUCUGCACAACUUCCAUUGAGGAAAAGUUGAAGAAAGGUCUGUCUUUUAUGGCUUCUCAGUCGCGCCUGCAUACUUGUGUCCAAUUUGACAAGCUUUUUCCGCCAAUGGCAGUCGUCCAGAAAAGCGACGUGACGCUCGAGGAAGGAACAGGAGGAACCCAGGGAAGAUCGGAGAACGAUGUGAAGGAAGAGGACAACGCGGAAGAAGAAGAAGAAGGCCAAGCGUCGUCCUCGCCGAGAGGGGUGUUGGAGAUCCCCAUCGCCGGUUCAGAGUCCGACCACAGUGUCAGCAGCACCUGCAGCUCGUCCCCGAGGGAGAACCGGAAUCGUGGGUCGGCGUCCAAUUGGAAGAAGGUCAUGGACGCGUUGAGGCAGAUGAAAUCUACGAGGUCGUCGCCGCCGCCGCCGCCUCUAGUAGCGGGGAGCGGCCGCGUCUCGAAGCGGGAGGCGAAGAGGCUGGCGAGGAUUCGGAGCGCCGACGACGAGCGUGGAGCGGCAGGCGGCGGCGGGGGCCCGCGGACCCGAAAGCCGGCGUGGAGGAACUUCGACUAUUCGGAACUCGCAGCCGCCACAAACGAUUUUAGCCCUGAGAACUUGAUUGGGAAAGGCGGUCACGCGGAGGUGUACAGAGGUCGGCUCUCCGACGGCCAAGUGGUGGCCGUGAAGAAGCUGGGGAAAAAGGAGAAGGAGGAAGUGGAUAGGAUCGGCGACUUCCUAUCGGAGCUCGGGAUUGUAGCGCACAUUGAUCAUCCGAACACGGCACGGCUGAUCGGGUUCUGCAUCGAGGGCGGGUUGUACUUUGUCCUCCGGUUCUCUCCAAAUGGCAGCCUCGCUUCGCUUCUGCAUGGUUCGACGGGGAUCAUGGAUUGGACGACCAGGUUCAAGGUGGCGGUCGGCGUUGCAGAAGGGCUGCAGUAUCUCCACCAUCAUUGCCCGAGGCGCAUCAUUCACCGAGACAUCAAAGCCUCUAACAUAUUGCUGGACGAAGAUUACGAGGCUCAGAUUUCUGAUUUCGGGUUGGCGAAGUGGCUUCCGGAGAACUGGGUCAAUCACGUCGUCUUUCCUGUUGAAGGCACAAUUGGGUACCUCGCUCCCGAGUACUUCAUGCAUGGAAUUGUUGAUGAGAAGACCGACGUCUUCGCCUUUGGGGUUUUGUUGCUCGAGCUCACGACAGGUCGCCGUGCUGUUGAUUCGUGCCGGCAAAGCCUCGUGAUGUGGGCAAAGCCACUGUUGGACGCAAAUAACGUGGAGGACUUGGUUGAUCCUCGACUAGGAGAAGCAUAUGAUGACAUUGAAAUGAAGAGGGCGAUGUCGAUAGCUUCGAUGUGCAUCCACCAUCUCUCCACGAUGCGACCGAACAUGAAUCAGGUCGUGAAGAUUCUGACUGGCGAAGAUGGAGUCGCAGAGUGGAGACGCAAGUCGGUUUCAGGCAGGAUGCUCCUUCUCAGUGCUUGUGAUGCAGAGGACUACAGUUGCUCGACCUACCUCGACGACCUCAAUCGCCACAUGCAGCUAGUACUGGAGUGAACGCCGCCCGUACCGCUGCCGUCGCUCCUGGUCGCGAUGGCCUCUUGUCCAAAGGGGGGGACAAAUUUCUCAGAGGAACACUAUGCAAUGAUCUGGCAAUUUAUGGUCAGAACAAAGGAGAUUCCACCUGCUGCUCCUUUUUUACUUCAGGCUUUGUAGUAAUAGGACUAUUACUCUAUUGGUAUUAAGAGAGAGAGAGAGAGAGAGAGAGAAGGUGAAGGGGAUGGCCCUGUUGGGU